UAAGUAGGCCAGUGCAAAGACCGCAAGAGUGGGUAGGCUAUUUGGACAGGGCUAAUCUGAUUUACACACAGCAAAUAAGACUAAAAUGGUGAAAGUGGUUAAAAUAAAACUUACUUAUAGUUUGACCCUUUAUAUAUGGUGUUUAUUCAGUCAAGGUGCAUCUGGUGCUGAUACAGAAGAAGUGUCAGUGAUGGAGGGAGAUUCGGUCACUCUACACACUGGUGUUGAAACGAAACAGCACGAGAAGAUUAGAUGGUAUUUUAAUGACAUUCGCAUCGCUCAAAUCACUGGAGAUCUCAGUAGGAUCUGUACAGAUGUUCAGUGUAAUGAAGGUACUGAGAGAUUCAGAGACAGACUGAAGCUGGACAAUCAGACUGGAUCUCUGACCAUCACAAGAACCAAACACACAGAUGCUGGAGUUUAUCAGCUAUCGAUCACCAGCAGCAGCGGCAGCAGAAAAAAGAUCUUCACUGUUGCUGUUCUCGGGGUUUUCGGUGUUGGUCCAGAUGGAAUAUCUGCGUGUGUGAUGGAGGGAGAUUCAGUCACUCUACACACUGGUGUUCAAACAAACCAACAAGAGAAAAUUAAUUGGUAUUAUAAAGCCACUCGCAUCGCACUAAUCACUGGAGAUCUCAGUAGGAUCUGUACAGAUGUUCAGUGUAAUAAAGGAACUGAGAGAUUCAGAGACAGACUGAAGCUGGAUCAUCAGACUGGAUCUCUGACCAUCACAGACAUCACAAAAACAGACUCUGGAGAAUAUACACUGAAGAUCAUCAGCGGCAGUGAAAAGAUCUACAAUAUUACCGUCCGUGAUGUUCCUGCUGCUGAGCGAGAUGAAAUGAAGAGAAAGUCAGUGAAGGAGGGAGAAUCUGUCACUUUCGACACUCGUGUAAUAAAACACCCAAAUGAUGUGAUGACGUGGUAUUUUCAUAACAUUCUCAUCACUGAAAUCACUGGAGAUCAGAAAAAGAUCUGUACAGAUGUUCAGUGUGAAGAGAGAUUCAAAGACAGACUGAAGCUGGAUCAUCAGACUGGAUCUCUGACCAUCACAAACACCACAAACACAGACUCUGGAGAAUAUAAACUACUGAUCACCAGCGGCAGCAUCGGCAUCAUAAAGACAUUCAGUUCAUUCAUUCAGUCUGUCACUGAUUCAGGUCCGUCUUUAGCUGCUGCAGCAGGAAUAAUUACUGCUGUUAUCACUGCUGCUGCUGUUCUGCUUGUGGCUGCAGUAGUUGCUGGUGUGAUUUACUGUUACCGAAAACAAGGAAAGUGCAAUCGUGGAAAUCAGAAUGUAGAAGAACAUGGGCAAAAUGGGAUUCCAAUGGUGGAUAACAUGACGGAUCCUACUGCUGACGUGACGGCUCCUACAGCUGAAACGCCGUUGUCGCCUACUGCUGACAGGACGGGUCCUCCAUCAGCUGACACUCAUGUUGAUGCUAAUGGGACAAAACAGUAACAAAUUAUUUUUUGAUAUUUUCACUGAAAUUGGAAGUGAAGAAAAAUAGGGAGUGGAUGCAGAUCAAAAGAAUUUCUCUUUGCCCUACAGAGAAAUAGUCAUGAUAUUUCAGCUGUUAAAGGAUGCUGACAGUAGGGUUGGGUGAUGUCUGUAAAAAGGGGCAUCAGACAAUGUCUGCAGUGAAACAUCGUGAUAGAUGAUGACGUCAGGGUCGGGAAGGAUUUUAUUCAUUGGAAUAAAUUAAAAACUCUCGCUCUGCUCCAUGCCAGUGGACACGCACAUGUGGUGCACGUCUGGAGAAAGAAGGAAUGCGCCUGGAGCUGAAAGGGCUUGAAUGAAGGGCAUUUCACUUUAGAUAAAACUACUAGAGGAUAUAGCGCUGAAAUAUCUUUACCACAGACGGUCCUGAGUGCUUGUGGUGUGAUCUGCACCGCUGUUUUCAUGCGCUGCUCAGUUCAACUAGAAACAAACUGGUGCUACUGUUCUGUUUCAUGGUCUGGAUGAAAACAUCCUGGAGUCCGGAUGCAGUCCUCCAUUUGAUUAUCAGUGGUUUAGUUUGAAUCACAUGGAAUCAAAAUGCCAGUUCAACAUUGUGAUAUCUGUCAGUAUUGACGAUAGCAUCAUCUAUCAGCCCAACCCUACCGGACAGCAACAGUGCAUGACUGUCUCUCCAUCUUGCCAGUAUUGCCGUUUCUUCAAGUCUUUAGCAGUGGCAUUUACACUAUGAGAUAUGGAUAUGUUUAUGUUUUCAUGUGCUCAUUUCGGUCAAUCUGAAUGAAUCCAAUUUCAAGUUUUGCACAAUUUUGAGCUCUAAACCUUGCAGUUCGUUUUAUAUAUUCAUUUUAUAUGUGCAUGGACCCCUUUCACAGACAUUAUUAACAUUGUAAAUCUGCCCAAUUUUUUUUUUAGCUUCAUAUUUUUAAAAAAUGUAACGCACAUAUGUAUCGCUUCACUUUGCAUUGUACUUUGGCAUUAUAUUGUAGAAAAUUGUAAGCAAGCGAUUUUAAUACAACAUGCAACAACAAAUGACUCUCUUCUGAUCAUCAACCUCAAAAACAGUGAAAUGCGAAAAGGGUCCAUUUCAUGUACUCUGAACAAAACUUAAAUAAAUGCGCAAUUCAGUUUUUUAUUUUUAUUUUAGUCCGACUUUAGUGUUUACCCGAUGGAAAUUGAAUUCAGAUGAAGCUCAUUCAGAUUGACUGAGGUGUUUACAGGAUGGUUUUGCUAGCCAGUUGAGCCAUUGAUCAGUUUACAAUCCAGGAUUCAUUUGGGUGCACUUCAAUGUGAUUUUGACAUCUCAAAUGUUUGUUUACGUUCAUUUAUAACUGGCUGUGAACUAGGGCUGUCACUAACAAUUACUUUGGGAUUCAAGUAAUUGGUCCAUUAUUCUGGCGAUUUGAGUAUUCGGAUCUUUUUUUUGUGGUAAUACAAAUAGACCUAAGUGAACAAUAGCCUUUAAAAUGACUUAAAAUGUUACUACUUGUUUCCUUAACAUUUGCGUAAAGAGAAAAUGGUUUAAUCUGUUACAUUCCACUGUACCGCCUGUAGUGCCUUUCAAAAGAGACCAAAACUAUGCAUAUAUUACAAAUGGUUCAAGAACAGCAUGCAAGUUACUUUGUGUAUGCCUUUUUUGGGCAUUUUUAGGCAAAUUUUACAGGAAUGCCAAGGGGUUAAAAACUUAAAAAUAAUGUUUUGAAUAUUAAGAAAACAUUCAGAAAUAACAUCUUUGUAAUUAAAUGACAAUGCUAGCAAAACGUUCUUAGAACCAUUUUGUUUUUAACUAAGGUAUUCUUGUUGAAAGUGUUUGAAUAUGUUUAAUACUAAUUUAACCAUCAAACCUCACUUGUUCAACUGUAAACUGACUUUUUAAAAGAAAUACUUGAAAUAUUGAACAUUUCACAGUCCACACUUUUGCUUGCUUGAUUGUUUGUUUGUUACAAAGAAAGGCAGUUCAGGAGUUGAUCCAUGACAUAUCACCAUUGUGACCUUGAUCAAACUCUAAAUCCUCAGGAAACAGCUUGUAAUAACAGCACUGAAAGACACUGUAAAGAAGUAGCAACAUCAUGCCAAAUGUGUUAAUGCCAUGUGUUUUUGUAAUGUAUUUUUAUUUAUAUGUAAUAUACAUAUAUUUAUUAUUCUUAUUAUUUGCAUCAUUCAUCAUGGCUUAACUAUUACUGCCAUCUUCACAAGCCUUUUCCUGGUGCUACACAUGCAAAUGAUGUUUUAAACUCAUUUAAUGUUUGUUUACUGAUAAAACGAUUUAUAUAGAAAUCAGAUGUUUGCUACUUCUACUGAAUGUCACUCAAUGUUAUUGAAAUGUGCAAAACUGAAUGUUUGCCUUUGUACUUUGCUGCAACAAAAUUUUGUAAAGUGUAACAUGCUGCCUUUUGUAAGCAUUUGAGAUGUUUAGUAUUUUUACAGUGAGGUCUGUGCGUUUCAUGUGAGGAGGGAAGUGGAGACUUUUUAAGGACAUUAUCACUGUGUGACUGAUCGCCUUCACUUUUACUGCAUGGUCAGUAUGAUCUGUCCUUCCAUGUUCCCGGGGAACUGUGGAGAACAUCAGAUUUCUCCGGUUUAUUGGAUCCCAGAGUUGCCUGUUCAAAGAGCUCAUCGGCUGCCUACUGAACACAAUAUUUCUGCUGUAAACAAUAGGAUUUAGAAAUGUCACCGUAGUGCCUUUUUUUUUAAUGGAACUUUUAUACAAAAUCAGAGCUAAAGUAUUGUAAUGUGCCAAACUCUUCAUAAAAGCCUGUAAAAAAUAGCUUCUAUUUAGGGCCCAAGCGAAAAUU